AUGGAUGCCAAGCCGCAGCGUAUUCGCGUCCGUGGGGAUGAGAACGUGCCUCCUUCCUUACAAGACAAUAAAGCUAUUCACCAGCGCAACAAGUCCAUGUCCGCGCUGAAUGCGACUCAGGACACAAAGACCGGAACCCGACGAGCUUUUGGUGACAUUAGCAAUACCAAGAAACUUUCGCAAGCUAGUCGCGAUGACUCUGCCGUCUUGAAGAAGCCAAUUACAGAGGUCUCUGGGGAGCCAGUCCUUUCACAGCCAGCGCAGCGCCCAGCUUCCAUGUCCGGCCUCAAAAAUCUAUUGACGAAUGCCACUGCGAAGCCCGUCAACCCCGCUGGGAAGGCUCAGACCUCCAAGACAAUCAAGCACAGCAACGCUGUCUUCCGUGAUCAGCUUGAACCCGUCGUCGAAAAGGAGACAUCCAAGGAAAAUACGAUCGCCCACCCUGUUCGCGAAACCAACCCCAAGACCGAAGGACGAGUUCCAUCAAAGGAGACCAAAGAGAUUUCGAAGAAGGAAAUCUCAGUUGUGCCUGUUGCUGAAGAGAAGUCUGACCACGAUGACUAUGUGGUUAUUGAGUCUGAUGCGAUCCAUUCUGAGGCGGAAGAACUUAACACCGCCGCUGUCGCCUUGAAGCAAACAACUAUUACACAUCUUGCCUCGGAGGAGCCUGACGAGUACUGGGAAGAUGAAGUUAGCCAUGACGCGUCUGCUUCGCGCAUGGAUAACACUACCUGCAGCACCACUGCCAUCAUCUAUCCCAUGUUUUCAUCGAACACUAAAGGCCAGAUCCUCCAAGCCAAGAAGAUUGUGGAUGCUAGCCGUACACCAGAAGAGGUUGAAGAAGAAGCCUGGGAUCCCAGCAUGGUUGCCGAAUACGAUUCGGAGAUCUUUCUCCACCUGCGCACAAAGGAGGUUGCCAUGAUUCCCGUUCAUGAUUAUAUGAACAACCAGGCGGAAAUUCAGUGGUCUAUGCGCGCUGUUCUCAUGGAUUGGCUGGUCCAGGUUCACUUCCGCUUUUCUCUCCUUCCUGAGACUCUGUAUCUCUGCGUGAACUACAUUGAUCGUUUCCUCUCUCACAAAAUUGUGUCCCUUGGCAAGCUUCAGCUUGUGGGCGCUACUGCUCUCUUCAUUGCAGCCAAGUAUGAGGAGAUUACAGCUCCCUCUGUGCAGGAGAUUGUCUACAUGGUUGAUGGAGGCUAUACAGUCGAUGAAAUUUUGAAGGCCGAACGCUUCAUGCUUGCCAUUUUGAACUACGACCUGGGAUGGCCUGGCCCAAUGAGCUUUCUGCGUCGUAUCAGCAAGGCUGACGAUUAUGACCUCGACACUCGAACCGUCGCCAAGUACUUCAUUGAACUGACAAUCAUGGAUGAGCGCUUCGUGUCAACCCUCCCCAGCUAUGCCGCUGCUGGUGCCCACUGCCUAGCUCGUAUGAUGCUGCGCAAGGGAGUAUGGACCCCUGCCCACGCAUUCUGGAGUGGUUAUCUCUACAUUCAGUUAAUUCCUCUCAUGCGAACUAUGCUUGAUUGCUGCCAGAACCCCCAGACUCACCACCAGGCUAUCUAUGAGAAGUAUCUCGACCGUCGCUUCAAGCGCGCCUCACUCUUUGUCGAGGGCGAGAUGCAGCGUGGUUUCCAGCUCGAUGCAUCCACCCCCUGGCGCAAUCCGGAUCGCCUCGAUGGCCUUGCUCACUACUAA